CUGUGACUAGAAAAAAAAAUGAAAUCAUCACAAAAAUGGCUGCUUUGAGAGUUUUUAGUCGUAAUAUUCCCUAUUUACGACAGCAAUUUUCUGCAUUAUUAGGGAAUACAUCGCCUUCUGUAAAAUUUAUAUGUGUUGUUGUUGUUAUUGGCUAUAUCCUAUCAUUUUCGGAUGAUGUUGUGAAGGUCCUCAGUGUUACACCGGGGUAUUUGCUGCCACCGUCUUUUCAGUUUUGGUCUACUUUCACGUUUUGGUUCCUAGAGAUACACUUCUGGGAGGUGAUCGUUGAUAUUGUCAGUGUAGGAUUGUGUGGAAAAUUAAUCGAACCACUAUGGGGGCGAUUGGAGAUGAUGAGAUUUUUUGUGUUGAUAAACAUUGGAGUGGCAUUUUUGACAACAUUCUACUAUUUGGUGAUAUUUGCCUGCACAGGACAGACCUCGUAUCUAUUUGAUAUUCAUGUCCAUGGCCUGGCUGGGUACAUUGCAGCAAUAACUGUUGCAGUAAAACAAAUAUUGCCAGACCACCUAUUGGUCAAAACUCCACUAGGAAAGUUGACAAAUCGAUCAGUUUCCUUACUAUUGCUGAUAAUAGCAAUAGCAAUGUGGGGGCUGGGUGCACUGGAAGGGACCUACCCGUGCAUGUGGGCGUCCGGUACCAUCAUCUCCUGGGUGUACUUAAGAUUUUGGCAGAGACACAGCAAUGGAUCUUAUGGAGACAGUGCUGAAAACUUCAGCUUUGAUAAUUUCUUUCCUACGGUUCUACAGCCAGUGAUCCGUGGUAUCCUCGGCCCCCCGCACCGCCUCCUGGUUCGCUUAGGACUCUGUGCUCCAAGUCAAAGAAGAGUUCAUCUGGCACUAAGUCCAGGAGGAGUCACCAUAUCCAUGCCUGGAGUUGAGCCUCAGGAUAUGGAGAGGAGGAGACAAAUAGCACUCAAGGCAUUGAGUGAACGAUUAUCGAAGACAUCAGAACAAACGCGGCAAAAGAACCUUUCUAGUAAAGUGAAUAUGGAUGCGGUCCGCAAGAGUGCGGGCUCCCACGUGAUCCCGCAGUUCCCAGCCGAGCCCGCGCCGCGGCCGCCGCCCCCGCCCCCUGAAGCCACGCUCAUAGACAUCGCUGAGCCAAGCCCGAGGCAGUCAUGAUCCUCACAGUCACAUGAUACCGUAGCAUAGUACCCUGUUCACAGAGCCAAUGCAGGAAUCACAGCAGUGUCACCACAAACUCACUGUAACCCUGCUUAUCGAACUAACCAGCAGUAUGUAUAGGUACAGAGAAAAUUUAAGUCAAUUCCAGCAUGUGGACUGAAGGAUCCUAAUAUUUUAUUGGUAUCUCAUUAGCACUUAUGACUCCAAAAUAAAAGAGACCAGUUAAACAAGCAGGGUUAUUUUAGAACUUGUGGUAUUACAGGGCGUUUUUAUUUAUGCAUUUAUUUUUAAAUUUUUUGGCGCCGAUUGCCUUGCACCUGAAUAUUAUUUUUUUAUUAAUGUUUCAUCAUCACGACCUAUCACUUCCCCACUUCUGGGGCACGGGUCUCCUUCCAAUGAAGGAAGGGUUAUUAAUAUUUUUCUCACAUAAUUAUUAAUUACUUUCGGUAAUGGCAGUUUGUUAUUUCUCCAAUGGAACUGUGAAUUUGUAAAGUAUUCAUUUGUUUUUUAAAUCCUGUUAUGUCUGAGCGAGAAUGUUUGAAGGAAAUGAAAAUAUUUUUUUGCAAUUUUUUAUGCAUUUGUUGUUAUGGGUUGUAGGUUGAAUGAUGCGACGAUUAUGAAUGAGAUUAAUGUAAAUAUAUUGCAUAGUGUUAAUAAAUGAUAAUCCAAAUACUUAA